AUGGUACAACAAGCACUUGAAAAUGAUCAUAUUUCUCCACAGAUUAUUUACACUUAUAUACAAAUCUUUUAUCGAAUCGAAACAUUACCAAAUGGUGUUAAAGAAAUCAAUUUAAGUACAUUUAAAACAGAACUUGAAUUAAAAAAUAAAAUUAAAGAUCAUUAUCAACAAUCAAAUACGAUUCGUUUACUUUUAAUUCGUGUUGAUUAUCAUAAAGAACAUCAACAUAUUCUUUCAUUAAAACAUGUUCUAUUGAAUGAAAGUAUAUCUAAAAGUAAUCGAGAUAUAUGGCUUAUACUUUAUUUACAACAUAAAGCUUUUGAUAUGUUCAAACAAGGAUUUAAUGAAAAAUUUGAUUCAUGUCAACCAAUUCAUCAAUAUGUUAUUCAGUUACGAAAUUUAAUUCGAGCGCAAGGAUCCAUUGAUCAAACAUUAACAAAACUUGAAAUCGAAUUAUUAAAAGAUUGGUUAGCCAAUAAUGAAGAUUCUUAUGUUGAAGUUUUAAUUUUAUUGAUCGAAAAUUUGAUUUAA